UCCGAUUUUUUCCUCUUAAUCUUCAUUGGACUCAUACAGAGCCAAAUAAAAAAUUUUCUUUUACAAAAAUUCAAGGUUUCUCGCAUUGCCGGUAUUCUAGCAGCCAAACAAACUUUUCAAUUAAUUCCUUUAUGUCAUCAAAUACCUUUAACUUCAAUUCGUAUAUAUUUUAAAAUUGAUAGACCAAACAAUAAAAUAAUUGUUUUGUCUCGCGCAAAAGCUGUAGAGGCUAAAACUGGGGUAGAAAUGGAAGCAAUGGUUGGAUGUUCUUUGGCAGCGCUAACAAUUUAUGAUAUGACAAAAUCUUCAAGUCUUGGAAUUAAAAUUGAAAGUAUUGAAUUGUUAGGCAAAAAGGGAGGGAAAAGGGAUUUUGGACAAACAGAAAUUGAGGAAAAUGAAGAAAAAGAAUUUAUUUAA